AUGAAAGUAGAAGAAGGAUCAGGGCUAGAAUGUGUGUUAAGUGCAGAAGUCUUAAAUACUAACGGGCGCCACCAACGGCUCAGCGCUGACGGCAGCACAUUGACUUUGACCGAGGGUACUGCGCGCUUGCGAUGUUGGCCUCUUCAUGCUGUUAGAAUUAAAACUGAUUUGCCGGGUGGGGGUGUGAGCUUAGAAGCUGGGGGAGAAACCUUGACGUGGACGUGUAGCGAGGAGAAGGCGUGCGUGGCGCUGGCGCAGAUGUCGCAGGCGGCGACCGCGGCGCCGGCCGGCCCGCCCUCCGACGCGGCGCUCGCGGCGCUGCUCGAGGACGCCGAGCCCGACGACAUGGACGCCGAACGCCGCGUCAAGCGUCUCGGCGAGCGCCUCGCGCGGCUCGACGCGCUCAACGUGGGCGGCAUGCUCGCCGCCGCCACAGAGGGCGGGGGCGCUCAGCUCGCUGCCAGGCUUGAAGCGGGCAGCGCGUCGGGCGCGGCGCUGUCGGCGCGGCUGUCGCGGCUGGAGGCGCUGACGCGCGCCGCGCCCUCCGCGCUGCACGCGCGCUCCGGCGCCGCGCGCGCCGACGCCGCCGCGCGCGCUCUUCUGCACGAGCUCGCCGAGAUCUACGAGUGGCUGGACGCGCCCGCGCUACGCGACCUCGACGCGCUGCCCGAGGUCUCGCUGGCCAGCGCCGAGGGUCGCGCGCGUGCGCUGGCCGCGGCCGAGGCGCUGCGCGGCGCGCUGCACGGGGAGCGCUCGGCGGCUGCCGCGCGCCUUCGCUUGGGCGCCGUGCGCGAGCGGCUGCGGCGCCUGGCGCGCGCGCGCGACGCACUGGCGGCGGCGCUGGCGCGGCACCUCAACAACGCGCUCAUCCACCUCGCCAACGAGGCGCACGCGCCCGCGCCGCGCCGCCGCCACCACGCCGACCUGCUGCCCUACGCGCCCUUCAUGCGCUGGCUGAAGGACAUGGACGAGAAGGCGUACGACGGGCUCGUCAAGGUGUACGUGGGCACGUGGGCGCGCGUGUACGAGCGCGAGGCGCACGCGGCGUGCGAGGCGGCGCGCUCCUCGCUGGCACAGUCGCCGCCCGGUCGCGUGGACGAGCUGCUGGACGAGGUUCUCACCCUCGUGGAGACAAUGUGCAACGCUGAACAAGACUUUUGCACGCAAUUCUUCUACUUGGACGCCGACACGAAGAGCGACAGCGACGGCGACGGGUCGCGCAGCGAGCGCAGCGAGGGCGAGCGCGUCUCCCCGCGCCGCCCGCCCGCCGCCGCGCGCCGCCUGCUGGCCGAGCUGUUCCCCGCGCUCGAGGGCGAGCUGGUGGCGCUGGUGGCGCACAUCGAGCGCAGCGACCCCGCCUACGGCGCCAUGCGCGCGCUCGCCUGCGUCGGCCGCCGCGUGCUGGGCGAGGACGGCGCGGGCGCGGGCGCGGGCGAGGGGGAGGCGCGGUGGGCGCGCGCGUCGCUGGCGGCGGUGGCGGUGGCCGCCAAGCGCGGCGCGGACCGCGCGGUGGCGGAGCGGCUGGCGGCGCUGCCGGACGCGGUGCGCGCGGCGGCGCGGCGGCCCAAGUGCGGCGUGCUGCCUUUCAUCCCCGAGCUGGAGGAGAUGGCGGCGGUGUGCGAGGGCAUCUUCGCGCGCGGGCGGCGCGCCGACCUGGAGCGCUGGUACCUGUCGCUGGCGGCGGCCAUGUUGCGCGCGGUGGCGGCGGCCGAGCACCCGCGCACGCCGCGCGCCGUGCUGCAGCUGGAGAACUACCACCGGCUGCACGCGGCCGUGAGUGCGCUCCGCGUGCCGGCGCUGGACGCGCUGCGGCGCGAGGCGCGCGCGCGCUACAACGAGGCGCUGCGCGGGUACGUGACGCAGUACUUCGGGCGGCCGCUGGAGAAACUGACGCAGUUCUUUGAGGGCGUGUCGGAGGCGGUGGCGGCGGGCGUGCGCGAGGACGAGGUGUGCUACCGCGCCGCGUUCAGCAAGCACGAGCUGCGGCGCGUGCUGGCGCUGUACCCGGCGGGCGAGGUGCGGCGCGCGCUUCACCGGCUGUACCGCACCGUGGAGAAGCACCUGAGCGCAGAGAGCGCGGAGGGCGGGCUGCUGCAGGUGGUGUGGCGCGCCAUGCAGGAGGAGUUCAUCGCGCAGCACGUGGCGCUGCAGGCGCGCAUCGCGGCCUGCUACCCGGGCGCCGGCUUGGCGCUGCCGCUCACCACGCAGGACAUCCUCGACGCCUUCUCCGACAUCGCGCGCGAGCAC